AUGAAUGACCAUGUUAUCAACUGUUGGUAUUUGUCUGAACCGUUGACCAUGGAGGAUAUAAGACAGUGGGAGUUAUGUGCUCUUGACCAUUCAUAUCCUCCCCCUGGGUGCUGUAACGAUACAACAAUUGCUGGGACACUACACAAACCUAGUCUGCUAUACUUGCAAGACAAGUGCAUUCAACCCAAGGGGUUCACUGUAGGGUUAUGUUGGAUUAGCGUCAGGAAUGUAACAAAUGUUAGGGAUAGUGAAUGGCGGGUUACUAAUUCAAUGAAGAACUACAAAUAUCUAAUGACCUCCGCCUACUCAGAGGUAGAAAGUGUUAGCGAUGUGAAAACAGAUAACUGUGCACCUAGUGGGGAUAGAUAUGACAGGACAGGACAUAGGGAGGACAAGUGCACAGGAAAAUAUUGGGUCUGA